AGUUGCUUGCUGCGGCGUCGUUAUAACUCGAAUGAAAGUAGAAUGAAAACAGUGAUGAUAUUACAGAUUAUUGGUGUUAAAUGAUGGUAAUGCGCAAGGAAAGAAUAAGGGAAUAGAAAUCAGUGAGCUAUAUAUCACUGGCUUUGCCUGAGAAGCCUAAAAAUGGCAGAUAGGGGUGCUAGCAGUUUUACAAACGGACAAAGUCGGAGACUGACGGAGAGCAUGAAUGGAUCAUCGCAUAUGUCAACAAGUGUUGACCGGCGUGCCACUUCCCGAGUGGGGCAAAGGCCUGGUAGCACCAGUGGACACAUGCAAGGACUUUUAACGGAAUUUCGAACGCUUUAUGACAGCCGUCUACGUAGACUGGACGAAGCUGAAAGGUCUGGAGAGGAUACGUCAAAGAUGCGUCUUAGGAUCAUGCAGUCAUAUGUGCAUGACUUGAGCGAGCAGAACGAGGUGUUGGUGCAGACAGUGGAGGAACUGGAACGCGAAGCAAACGACCGGGUUGCCAUCUUAGAAUCUAAACUACAAAAGACUGCCAGCUCAGUUAAGGAAUACAUGGGAAAGGCUAAAGAUUAUGAGAGAGAGAUGAGAGCAGUGGCUGUUGAGAAAGAAAAAUCAGAUAAUGUUAUAGAAGACCUUCAAGAGACACUUGACAGAUGUGAAUCUGAAAAUGCCGUCUUGCGUGACAAGAACGCUAACCUGCUACAUGACAUCAACACGCUCAUUAAUGUCAUUGGAUUUGCUAGGACAACAGGAGGGUGGGAGAUAGAUGAUCUAGUCUUCAAAGAAGUAACUUUUGACCAAGUGUUUGGGCCGUGGGAAGAGAUAGAGAAAACGAAAUCAUCGGAGGAGGUGCUAGAGGGCCAUGUGGAAGACCUGAAGCAGCAGCUGCGUGCCAGGGACGACUUAAUAGAGCGCUUACAGAAGGAGCUCAGGAAGGUGCAAACGGAACACAGGACCACUGUGAACCAGGUCACUCAAAAGGACACUGUCCUGGGGUCCAUCCGGUCCUCCCUGUCCACUGUCCAGGACAGAGAGCAGACGGCGGUCAGCCAGCUCACAGACAAGGACAUCAGUAUUAUGAAACUCAAGUCAGAUCUCAGGGUGGCACAGCAGAGGGUGGACGAGCUGCAUUUAGAGCUUCAGAGUAGAGACAGGAAAAUGAACAAUGUCACUGCACAACUACGUGAUCUCAACAACGAACUGACGCUGAAAGAUGCGGAAAGUGACAACCAAGUCCAUACUAUACAGAUGCUGCAGGAAAAACAGCGGGAAACAUCUAAAGAAGUUUCUAGGUGUGAGGAUCUGAUCCGUCAGUUGAGAACAGAGCUGGGACGUGCAAAUGAUGACAGGAAGCGAAGUGAUGAUGAUGUUUCCCAUUAUGAGCGUAGGAUCCGUGCAUUGGAGACGGAGCUCAGGGACUCGCAGGAGCAAAAGAGGAGGGCGUAUGACGAGAUUGGUGCGCUUCAGACCAAGCUGCGAGAAAGCGGUCGGUCAGGACAGGAUAAUCACGAGGUGCUGAAGUCGGAGCUGGCGCGCCGAGACGACACCAUACAGAAGUUGAGGAACGAGGUGCUUAACUUACAGGAUGCCAGGGACGAUGCCAUCUCCAAGCUGGACUCCCAGGAAAGGAAAAUUCACUCCUUGGAGUCACAGUACAAAGACAAACUGGAGGAGAUCCAGCACAGUGAAAUGCGUAUCCGCCAUCUUGAACAAGAGCUGGACACGACGCAGAGAUAUUUAGACGAAAGUCGCACUGAGGUUAACACGCGGCAGGCUCAGAUGGCGCGCAUGGAAGGUGAGAUGCACAGUCUGCAAACCAGGCAUGCUGAGGCAGUCAGUCAGAUUGACAAGUUACAAGAAAGCUUGGACAAAUUGCAGGCUUCCUCUAAGGACACCAGGGACGCUUUGACCGCUGAGGUUGCUGAGAGACACGAUGCUGUGAUGAAACUGAAAGCUGAGACGAGAACGCUGGAAGACAAACACAGCGAGGCGCUGGCCACGGCUCACCACAGGGGAGAGGUCAUAAAGCAACUGAGAGAGGAGCUAAAGGAAACUGGGAGACGGGGCUCAGAGAGCCAGGAAAGGAAGACAGUAAUUGAGAAAGAACUGCAGAGCUUGGAGCAGAAGUAUCAGGAACAACUUAGACAAAUUGACCGCUUGGAGACAGAGGUUCAGGAGAAGGAUCUAACCCUCAGUCAACAGGACACUAUCUACAGGUCAGAGGUCGCCGAGAAGGAGGACCUCAUCACCAAGCUACAGGCUGAUAUACUGUCACUUAAGGACAAGCACCAACAAGGCAGUGAACAGAUCCUAGGCAAGGAGGAGGCAAUCCGGGGUCUACAGACCCAGCUCCAGGGGGUCCAGGAUGAAGUGGCCAGGAAGGAGCAGACGAUACACAAGAUGGAGGUGAACCUGAUGAAUGCUCAAGAAGAGAGCAGGAGAUUAAAGGAUGAUCUGUCGAGGCGCGACAUCACAGUCCAGCAGUUGGAGAAUGACCUGAAUGUUGUCCGCAAGCAGUACAAGGAGGCAGUGGAGGAAAAUGGCCGCCUGGAGGCCAGGGUGCAGGCCUUUGCCAUCAAUGCACAAAGUGACAAGGAUGUCUUGUCUGCUGAGGUGAAGAGGCGUGAGGAGGCGAUACAGAGACUGAAGAUGGACUAUGUGGAGAUGCAGGAGACCAAUAGCAAGUAUGAAGAGCAGAUCUCCCAACUAGAGAAGACAAUAGAGCAGCAACAACAGCAGCAGAGGAAACUAACAUCUGAUAACGACAUGAGGCAGGAAAGAAUCCACAUAUUGGAGCGCCAGAUAGACGACCUGAACAAGAAGAAUACCACCUGCCAGGAGGAGAUACGGAGGCUUGAGGACCAAGUGCGCGAGUUGAACGGAGAGCUGACAACGGCGCACGCACAGCAUGAUAACCUUUCACACAACGUCCAGUCUAAGGAAGAUUUGAUCAGACAGCUGAAGGAAGACCAAGAUUCCUUACAGAGACAGCACAAAGAUGUCCUCAGCAAGCUCCACCAGAGAGAUGAGAAUAUCCAGAGUCUGAGCACAGAGUUAGGCAAGGUGAAGGCCAGGCUGGGGGAGAGGGAGAGAGAGAUACUGAAAGCCACAGAGACUUUGAAGAAACUCCAGGAAGCAUUGACCCAGUCUCAGAAAGAUCUGGACAACCUGAAGAAACAAUCUGAUGAGCAGAUCUCCCAGCGAGAUGAGUCCAUUAGGCAGCUUCAAGAGGACUUGAUAGAGUCUCAGAGUCAGUACACAGCAUGUUAUGAUGAGGUCCUGAAACACGAAGACCAGUUAGAGAAGCUGAAGGCCGAGAACCAGCAGCUAGGAGACACAGCCCACAGGAACGCACAGGAAGUGAUGAAGCUGGAGGAACAGUGCCACCAGGUGGAGCUGGAGCUGACUAUUUCCCAAGAAAAGCACAGGACGUGUCAGAAGGAGGUGGCCAGUAGAGACCAGACCAUCCUAAAGCUGCAGACAGAUCUGGACACGGCACAGCAGAACUACACUGGCUGCGUGGAGGAGCUCAAUAUUAGGGAGGACGAAGUACAAAGGCUUAAUGCCAAAGUGAAACAGCUUCAAGGGGAAACCAAGGAACUUCAGGCCAAGAUUGAAGAGUAUGAACAGAAGACCACUGCAGAUCAGAAGAAAAUCCAAGAAUUAUUGAACCUUCAACAGUUAUCAGAACAAGAGGUCAAGAACCAUAUCCGGUCCAUUGACCAGCAGAAGUCCGACUUCAACAUGGCGCGCUCUCUGCACCAGGAGGAGGUCAACCGGUACAAGCAGGACGUGGUCAUCCUGCAGGAGACGGUAGAACAGACCCGCGCCGAGCUGGAAGAAAUGGCGGGUCUGAACACACAGAGUAAGACCACCAUCCUGGGUCUCACUGAGGAACUGGAGGAGCUGAAGAAAGCCUAUGAUGAAUCUCAGGAAGAGAUCCGUAAACAGCUGACCACUAUGAAGCAGCAGGACACCAGUCUGUCCGAGGCCAGGCAGCAGAUCGUGGUGCUAGACGACCAGGUGGAGGAAGGCAAACAGCAGACGGAGAAACUGGAGGCCAACCUCAACAACUACAAGCAGAAGUACCAGCAGUGCAUGAACCAGGUGCAGCACUUGGAGGGCACCAUUAGGACUCUGCAGGAGAAACUGGCAGAGAGCAGGAACAGGGAAAUGGAAAAAGGCGACGAGGCAGAAAAACUAAAAAUGGACUUGGAAAACCUUGAGCAGAAAUUGGACGAAAAGAAUGGCGAGCUGGCCCACUGCGAGGAAGUGAUCGAACAGCUCACACAGGAACUCAAUAACUCCCAAGACGAGCUGUCAGGUGCCCUGGAUAAGGUGACGCGCUGUGAGCAAACCAUCGGGAGCCUGAAGGAGAUGAUGAACGAGAAGACGGUGGAGGCGUCUCAGCAGGAGGAGAAAGUGCGGCGGAUCCAGGCAGAGCUGAUGGCUUACCAAGACUCGCACCUUCACUCCAAUGAUGAGUACAACAGUAAAGUGGAUCAGGUUCGCCAACUAGAGUACGAUAACGAGGAGACGCGCAGCGACCUGCAGCAGAAGAUGAGGCACAAUGCAGAGAUGCAGGACAACAUGAACGAGCUGAAGAUUGAACUGGCAGGACUCAAAGAACAGAAGAACAGUGCACAAAAGGAGAUUGCCCGUCUUGAGCAGAGUAUCCAGCAGCUCCAGCUGAACCUGGCCACAGCCCAGCAGAGACACAAGGCCGAGAGCACCAAGAUGGAGGAUGCCGUCCAGACACUGGAGACACAGCUGUCACAGGCCAAGCAGCAGGUACUCAGGCUGGAGCAGGAGUUGUCCAGGAGGGAGGAGACCAACAAGAGGAAUGAGCUGGACAUCAAGUCCUCCAAGGAGGAGAUCAAUGUCAAGGCCAGUGAGAUUGACCAUCUAGAGUCCACAGUCAGAGAUUUGAAGACAGAACUGGCUAACCUCCAGGGACACAAUAGAUCUAUGGAAAGCUCUAAUGCAGACUUGCAGGCUGAAGUGGGUGGUCUAAGACAGGACCUGACAGAGGCUAGGACACAGUAUAGAGACUGUGCUCAGGAUCUUGCACACCACGAAGAAAAAUUAAUGCUGAUGGAGCAAAGCCUACAACAAACUCAGGAGCAGCUCAGUAGUCGGGUGUCGGAAGUCGUCCGUCACGAGCAGACAAUACGUAAAUAUCAGACUGAGACAAAGACUCUACGAGAAAGAAAUCAAAGUUAUGAGGAAGAAAUUGAGGAACAGAGGCAAAUUAUUGAGAAGCUUCGCAAAGAUUUGAUAGGUGCUAAGGAGGAACAUCACAGGAUAGCGCAGGAGGGGCUGUCUUACAAACAGCACGCGGAUAAAUACAGAGUUGAGCUAGAGGGCGCUAGGGAGCAGGAGAGGAUGCUGGGCGAACAGAUAGAGCAGCAAGACGGAGUGCUGAGCCAGCUGCAGGCAGAGCUGAAGGCGGAGCGAGGCAGACAACAAGACAGCAACAAGCAGCUCCAGCAGUGCAAGAAGAUGAUUGCAGAG